GCGAUAUCGGCAUGCGAUGCAUCUCUGCACACCAAAUGGCUGCACCAUGAGGGAGGGAAAGGUGCAUGGCUACAGUACCGGCCCAGUGGCUCCGCUCCUGUCACAGUCACCAUGUAUUCAAUCACAUCGGCGAAUGAUUGCCCCGAGAGGGACCCCAGCUGCUGGUCACUGCGAGCCAGCAAGGAUGGCGGAAAGACUUGGAGCAUUCUGGAUUCGCAGGUCGGUGUGCAAUUCAACAGCAGGCACCAGGCUCGAGUGUUUCCGGUCAGCCCAGCCAAGCAAACCCUGGCGACUCUGUUCAG